AUGACGAGAGCGAAAAAAAAUGUGUUUGCUCUUGGCGAUCAAUUCCAAACUAGUUGCAAUGGAAUAGCAAUUAAUUGGUGUCAGCACUGGUUUGAAUACUUCCCGAACCCUCCCGUGAACGUACUGGGAAUGGUGGAGAACACCCUCUCUCACCACGACAAGACCCUCAUGAACCAUUUCAUCAAGCACAAAGUCACCACACAGCUCUAUGCUUGGCCGCUCCUGCAAUCUCUGCUAUCAGAGGUGCUCACCAAAGAGGAAUGGCUUCGCGUGUGGGACAAUGCGUUCUCCUGCCAUCCCUCCUAUCUCCUGAUGGUGGUGGUGGCUUACAUCAUGGCUUCCCGAAAGGCCCUGCUACAAUGCACUGAGAAGCAGGACUUUGAGUAUUUCUUCCAUAAUCGCAAUGCUGUGGAUGUUGGCAUGGUUGUGCGAGAAGCGUACCGUCUGCAGGAUACAACUCCAGCGGACAUACAUCCUAAGCGCAUGCUCGAUGCCUUUGUUCCUCUGACCAAAGGACAGUACCCCGUGUUCAACAAGUACCCAAAAUUCGUCGUCGAUUAUCAGGUUCAGGAAAGAGAGCGUAUACGACAAGAGGAACUGGAGUACCUGCGACAGAGGCAGCUUGCGCGUGAGCUGAAAGCACAGGGAGACCAGCGCAAGCUGGAGGAGGAGGCAUUCUACCGCCAGCAAGACCUGGUGAUGAGUGCUGAAGAGCAGAGAAGAAAGAUGAUCGCAGAAGAAGAGAGAAAGCUUACUGAUCAGCGUGCCAGGUCUGUUACUGAGCAGCAGAAUACCGUCAAACUUAUCCAACUUGCCGGGCCAAGUCGCUUUGUUUUAAGGUCGAGCCAUUAAGAGACCUUGAGGGCU